UCACAUAAACAAAAUGUGAGCAAAAUAUAAUAAAAUAAAAUAAAAAACUUAAUAUACAAAACAAAAAACUUAAACAACGCUUCAUCCGAGAUACAAAGAUAUAUCCAAGCCGUAGGCCCAGAGGGAAGCCGCAGACAAAACAACAACAAUUAUUGGAAGGAAAACCCGUCCGCCGCUUUUCCUUUACGUUUUCCUUUGCCGUUGCAAUCGCCUCUCCCUCUCGCACUCUACACCGAAAUGCUGCCAAAACACGCCUGAGACCCCAGAGACCCCAGAUACCACACAAAAAGAAGCCGGAAAUCCAAACUGUGAUCAUAGACAUAACAACAACAACAACGACGACGAGUGGAGACAUGAAGGAGGAUAGGAAGACAAAGGACACAGGACCCUGCCAGACCGUAAUUGAGGGCUAGAGAUAGAUAGAUACUUAGAUACGCCAUAAAGAUACGCGAGAGCUGCGAUUCAUAGCAGAUCUGUAGAUACGGCCAGAUAAAUCAAUUGCCCCCCCGGAAACACAGGCCACAAAGGAGCAGGGGAGAGUGCGGCAAGGUGUAGAGGAGGAGCAGAGGAGCAGCAGCACGACACCCAAAGGAGGCUGUAAUGACGACAAUUGACGCGAUGUAGCGCAGACUUAUGGUCGGCGAACGCGACAGGGACCGUGAGGCGGUACGCUGGGCAACGGGUGAAUCAACACCGCUUCAACACAAUAAUGGAGUAUUACAAAUGGUCGGGCAAUUGCAUGGUGGACAGGCUGCUGGCCAACAACAGCAACAACAAUCGAAUCAACAGCUGCAACAAUCAAAGCAGCAGCAACAGCAACAACAGGAACUGCUCUAUCAGCAACAUCACGAGGCCAUUGCACGCGGACUGCAGCUUGCAGCUGCAGGAGCCGCCGGACCUCCGCCGGAGAUCGGCGAUAAUCAGCCCUACUACGAUACAAGCGGUAAUGUCGAUUGGGAGAGAGCAGCGAUGGGAGCCGGUGGAGCUGGUGCAUAUGGCGGCCUCGGCCUCGGACCUGUGGCAGCAGCUGGCUGCCCUGCUUAUAACAUUGGGCCAGGUGCUGCCGGCGGCCCAAUGGUCCUCAACAAUCGUCACAUGGACUAUGCUGAUGGCGGCCACCCUGCUGGCCCAUCCGCCGCAGCACCAUCCGUCAGCGGUGGCGGCGUCCUGGGAGCUGUUUCUGCUCCUGCUGCUGCAGGACUUGGAGGGGGGUCCGCGCAAGGACCGGGCCCAGGCGGCGGCAGUGGCGGCGGCGGUGCCAUUGGCAAGGAAGUUCGUUACGCUCCAUUCCCAGUUACAUCACCAACGCAUUCAAAUCCCACAACUUCCCAGCAGACUCUGGCGACAGCAGCAGCCACAGCGGCAGCCCAACAGCUCCAACAGCUCCAACAGCAACAAAUGGCACUCGCUGGGUCUUCCGGUGGUGGUGGAGCCGGCGGCAUCCCAGGUGGCGGCAGCAUUGGCGGCCCCGCUGGCGGUUCCACAUCCAAUGCCGGUGGCGUCGGCGUCAGCAUCGGCGCUGGCAUCGGCGCUGGCGUUGGCGGCAUUAGCCAAAGCAUCACCACCACCGGUGCACUACAGCGGACACAUUCCAGAUCCAUGUCCUCCAUACCGCCCCCCGAGCCGUUCAUGAUAGCCCAGUCGAAGGCACUGAACAGCCGCGUCUCCAUCAACGUGGGCGGCGUCAAGCACGAGGUGCUGUGGCGCACGCUGGAGCGGCUGCCGCACACGCGGCUGGGGCGGCUCAGGGAGUGCACCACCCACGAGGCCAUCACAGAGCUGUGCGACGACUAUUCGCUCGUCGACAACGAGUACUUCUUCGACCGCCAUCCGAAGAGCUUCAGUUCGAUAUUGAACUUCUACCGCACCGGGAAGCUGCACAUUGUGGACGAGAUGUGCGUGCUUGCGUUUAGUGAUGAUCUGGAGUACUGGGGCGUCGACGAACUGUAUCUGGAGUCGUGCUGCCAGCACAAGUACCAUCAGCGCAAGGAGAACGUCCACGAGGAGAUGCGCAAGGAGGCCGAGUCGCUGCGCCAGCGCGACGAGGAGGAGUUCGGCGAAGGUAAAUGCGCCGAGUACCAAAAGUAUCUGUGGGAGCUGCUCGAGAAGCCCAACACAAGCUUUGCCGCACGGGUUAUCGCAGUGAUAUCCAUACUAUUCAUAGUCCUGUCUACCAUAGCCCUGACGUUGAACACCCUACCACAACUACAACACAUUGACAACGGUACACCACAGGAUAAUCCGCAAUUGGCAAUGGUUGAGGCCGUGUGUAUCACGUGGUUCACUCUAGAGUACAUACUUAGGUUUAGCGCCUCGCCGGACAAGUGGAAGUUCUUUAAGGGCGGCCUUAACAUAAUCGACCUAUUGGCAAUACUCCCAUAUUUUGUUUCGUUAUUUCUAUUGGAAACGAAUAAGAAUGCAACGGACCAGUUCCAGGAUGUGCGCCGGGUGGUGCAAGUAUUUCGCAUUAUGCGCAUCCUGCGAAUCCUUAAGCUGGCCCGUCACUCAACGGGCCUGCAGUCGUUAGGCUUUACGCUGCGUAACUCAUAUAAGGAACUCGGUCUACUAAUGCUGUUCCUGGCCAUGGGCGUUCUCAUAUUUUCUUCGCUGGCAUAUUUUGCCGAAAAGGAUGAAAAGGACACAAAAUUCGUUUCAAUACCGGAAACAUUUUGGUGGGCGGGUAUUACAAUGACAACUGUUGGCUACGGGGACAUCUAUCCCACAACUGCACUGGGAAAGGUUAUUGGUACUGUGUGUUGCAUAUGCGGUGUCCUGGUAAUCGCUUUGCCUAUUCCCAUCAUCGUUAACAAUUUUGCUGAAUUUUAUAAGAAUCAGAUGCGACGCGAAAAGGCCCUCAAGCGGCGCGAGGCCCUCGAUCGGGCCAAGCGCGAGGGCAGCAUUGUCUCCUUUCAUCAUAUCAAUCUGAAAGAUGCCUUCGCCAAGUCCAUGGAUCUCAUCGAUGUGAUUGUCGACACAGGCAAGCAAACGAAUGUCGUGCAUCCGAAGGGCAAACGCCAGAGCACCCCCAAUAUAGGCAGGCAGACACUCGAUGUGCAGAGCGCUCCAGGCCACAAUCUCUCGCAGACGGACGGGAACAGCACCGAGGGCGAGUCGACCAGCGUCAGCCGCAACCCGGCCACCACCGGCACCGGCUGCUACAAGAACUACGAGCACGUGGCCAACAACAUGAGAAACAGUCUGCAGCAUCGUCGCGGUUCCAGCUCUGAGCAGGACGCUGUGCCGCCGUACAGCUUCGACAAUCCCAAUGCCAGGCAGACCUCGAUGAUGGCCAUGGAGAGCUACCGGAGGGAGCAGCAGGCGCUGCUGCAGCAGCAGCAGACGCCCCCGCAGCUGCCUGCCUCAGCGGGCGUGGGAGUGGCUGCCACAGCCGGCGGAGUGGCCAAUAAUCUGGCCAUGGUGGCGGCCUCGAGUGCAGCAACGGCGGUGGCCACGGCCACGGCCCCCGGCGGCGGCAGCCCACCGGAGGGCGGUGCCCAGGCGGCGGCGGCGGAGGACGACCAGACCAUUGCAUCGAACCAGAAGGGUCUGCCCAUCCAGAUGAUGAUAACGCCCGGGAUUUUACGGGGACGCAGUAAGGAGGAAGUGGCCGAGCUGCGGCGCCAGGUGGCGCUCGAGAAUCUGCAGAACCAGCGGAUGGACAACCUGGAGCAGGACGUGCCCGUGGAGUUUGAGUGCUGUUUCUGCACCACCAAGGACUUCAAGGAGUACACCGACGCGGAGGGGGUGAUCGCGCUUCCGACCUCGGACUUCCACAAGCCGAUCUGCCUGGAGAUGCGUCUGGCGGCGGCCAAUCGGCAGGCCAGCCAGUUCGGGCUGCUGGCGGCGGGGCCGCACAGCGCCUACCAGCGCCACCAGGCGGUGGGCGUGGGCCCGCUGAUGGCGCUGCCGCCGCCGCCGCCCGCCGCGGGCAUCCUGCUGCCCGUGGCCAGUGCCGUGCCCGUCAUUUCGCAGUCGUCGUCCACGUCCUCGUCGUACGGGACGACCACGUCGACGACCAUCGCCCUGCCGCUGGACGCCGCGAUGCGGCCCUUCGGGGCGGCCUUCUCCAGUGCCGCCAAUUUCAAUCACAACUACAACAACAACUUCAACACCACCAGCACGGGCGGAAUGGGCGCCAACGGUCUGCUCCUCUUUGGGGGCAACUUCAGCAGCCACUACGGGGCAGGCGGCAGCGGCGGCGGCGGCGGCAGCGGCAGCAACAACAACAACAACAACAACAACGCGGAUCUGGCCAGCGUCGACAGCUCCGACACGUACGCCAGCUGCCAGACGCAUCCGUUCCUGUCGCAGGGCGACCUCACGGCGGACUUCAACGACGAGGCCUGCGCCCUGGACAUCGACAUGGACAAUCUGUACAUAAAUCCGCUGGAGCGGGAGAUGCACCACCACCAGCACCCCCACCACCACCACCAUCCGCAGGGCAUCAGCAGCUCGACGGGCUUCAUUGUGGGCCUGCCGGCCACCAUUUCCUCCUCCUCGUCCGCCUCGGGGCUGCGCGCCCAGGUGAAGAAGAGCGCCUCGGGGGACACGGCGCUGCGCAAUCUGGCCGCCGGCGGGGGCGGGCUGAGCCCCCUGAGUCCCCUGGACGACGUCUACCAGAACUUCGACGUCCAGGAGCGGGGCAGCCGCGUCAGCCUCAACGAGAACUCGGUGCCGAAGCACCGUAAGACGCGUUUCCAGCAGAGCUUCGCCGCGAUGCGGCCCAGUCCGAGUGGCGGGCGACCGCGGGCCCGCUUCGAGGACACCCGGCUGGACGACGACGACCCGACGGGCGGCCGGGUGGACGUGGGCGUGGGCAUGGGUGGGAUGGGACUGGGACUGGGCAGCGGCCCGGGGGCCAGCGGGGGCCCCAAGAAGAAGCGUUCGGUGUUCACGCCGGGCAAGAGCUUAGCCACUGCCACCAAACUGAUCAAUCAGCAUUUGUUUGGCAUACAGAAUGCGGGCUCCAAAGCCAAGUUCGAGAGCAAGCAUUCGUCAUCCAUUGACUCGAUCGAUGCGUCACCCAAUCUGGAGCAUCACAGGCGCUCCAAAUCGAUACUGAAAAACAAGUCUGAUAUCUCACGCGUCCUGUCCGAUCCGGAGAGCGAGCGCCUCCUGGCGGACAACAUGUCCGGGUCGGGGGUCUCCGACAACGGCACGGUUAUGGGCGAAUCUGGCAGCGAUUACUCACCGAAUAAAUUACCUCAUUCAGUUUUAGCCAAGUCUAUAUCCCCACCACCCCUCAGGCACCGCACACUAAUGCACCAGCGGUCGGGACCGGCCACGCUGCAGUCGUCGUCGCGGCCCACCAAGUUCCAGACGCCGCGCUACCCCGAGGAGCAGGCCCUGCGCCAGGUGAAGCCGCUGCUGUCGCGCUCGACCAGCGCCGCGCAGCCGGCCACCACGUCGGGCUGUCCGAUGGAUGGACACCACACCAGGGACAGCAGUCUGGACUCGGAGACGACCUUCACCUCGCCAGUGAGCAGUCGAGCGGGGGGCGAGGAGGCUGCCCCCCCAGAGGAUCGCGAACCUGAGGCCGAGGCCGAGGCCGAGGGCGAGGGCGAGGCAGAGGCCAAUGAUGAGCAAAGGGCUUUGCUCCAGCGAAGAGAUGGCCCAGACACCAGCGGAGGCGAUGCCCAUGGAAGGGGCGAACCCACGUAGCAAUAAGCGCCACACACACACACACCCAAACACACACACACACACAAAGAUACAAAAGAACAUAAAGGGAAAACUCAAAGUGAUAGCAAAGUUAGCAAACAUGGAAUGUGAAUUAUAUAAAAAGCAAUGAACAGUAUCCUAGAGUCUAGUGAGAGAAUGGAGACGGUAGGAGACCCAGAGAGACGGCCCGACACGCGGAGUUUAGGAAUUAGGCAUAAUUUACGGCAUUAAAUAAAAUAUAUAUAUGGUAUUACUACCGAUAAAGCGCUUAACGAAUUGAAUGUAUAUAAAAGCCAGAGCCAGAGCCAGGCCCAAUCCAGAGCUAGAGCCAGAGCUAGAGCCCAAUCGUGUACAGAGAGCAAACCUUAUUUACAGCCUUCAAGAGCCACUGCGCUAUGACCUAUAACCCGGCGAGGCAGAGAGUAUAUAAAGAAAUCACCACAAAAGCCUAAAUAGCAACAAAACAAAACCGAAAUUCAUAUUUUGAAUGCAACUUAUAAGAAAUAUACAUACAAUAUAUAUAUAUAUAUAUAUA